AUGGCUCUCUGGUCCAAGACUGGCCCCAUCCUGGGCGCCCUCGCAGUUGUCGGCUCAACCGUGUCAGCACAGUCCAUGGAUGUGAGCUGGCAUGCACCAGCCAAGUCCCAGGUCAAUGCCAACUUCACCGAGGUGCUCAACGGUGAGGGCAAGUGGGGGUUCAUCUAUGAUACCUCUGAGACGCCAAUCGACAAGUACGGCACGUACAACUGGUGUAACAUGCCCCACGUGCGCAAGACGGAAUAUGUCAGGCCGUCGGAUGACUUUGAACUGAAAUAUGUUGAGCUGGUGAGCCAAGUCCUGGGAAUUCUCUACCUGACAAAACGACUAAUUCUGUGCCAGAUCCACCGUCACCACAAACGCACGCCGUACUCCUCCAACGCCUUCCCCGUCGAGUCCUACCAGUGGAACUGCGAUGAGCAGGGCCUCUUCUACUUUGGAGAGCGUCUGGACGGCAGCAACUCCGCAGCCAAGACAUACUGGAAAGUGUACAUCUCGCCCGUCAACCCUUUCGUCCCUGCCGGCUGGAUCGGAACCUGCCAAUUCCCCCAGAUCACGGCUCAGGGCCUCGACGACUCGUAUGUCCACGGCGUCGAUCUCUUCGGCGUUUAUCACGAUCUUCUGGGGUUCCUGCCCAGUCGCAACGACCCCUCGUGGCACGAGAAGGUCCAGUACCGCGUGACCAACAACCAGAUCACGAGCCAAGUUGCCGGCCUUCUGAUCAAGGGCAUGUAUGACACGACAUCGCCGCAGGGCCUCAACAUCCAGGCGUCGGGCGUCGACUCCCUUGAACCCCAGUACAGCUGCCCUGCCGGCUCGUCCCUCUUCAGCCGCAUCAAAUCCGGCAGCAACCCGGCCUGGGCGAACCACCUCCGCGCCGCGGCCCCGCUCUACUCGGCCCUCGACACCAUCUCUGGCGUGCCCGCCUCCAACGCCGGUUUCCACAACUCCUUCGACCCCUACUACGACAACCUCUCGGCCCGCCAGUGCCACGACAAGCCCCUGCCCUGCAAGCUCGUCAACGGCCGCAACGACACGUCGGCCUGCAUCAGCCAGACCCAGGCCGAUACCGUCUUCCGCAUCGGCCACUGGGAGUACUCCCAGAUCUACCGCGACAGCCCCGACUCGCUCGCCGCCAGCGCCGCGACCUACGGCGUCUGGGCCGCCGAGCUGGCGGGCCACCUGCGCGCCGCCGCCGCCGGUGACGGCGCCGCCAACGCCCCGAUCUACAGGCACAACGUCGCCCACGACGGCUCCGUCUCGCGCCUGCUGUCGCUGCUGCAGGUCAACCACAUGGGUCUGGCCCCGGCAUGGGCGCCGAGACGACCGUGGCGCCGAAACGCGCCCGCUCGUCGCGCCAAUGAUGCCCGUGACAAUGUUGCCCGGCUUGGCGUCCUCUUCGUGGAUGCCCUGGUACUGGGCGGCGUACUUUUUGUACGACGUCUUGAGGAGCUCGAACGUGCCCAUGUCGAUGGCGCUGUACGGGAACAUGCCGAUCAGGCCCAUGGUGACGCCGCGGUAGGCGGAGCGGAAGCCGCCUGCGAGCCACAUCUUCUUGGCCGUGUCAAUGACGAGAGCGUUGCCUGUCAGGCCGCCCUGGACAGUGGAUGUCUGAAGUCUGCAAGGCUGUCAGGAGGAUGUGGGACAAGGCGCAUCGAGAGGGGGGUUGGCCAUACCUGA